GGUGGGUCCCUUGCCGUGGCCUAGAAUUCCUUGAGUGUGUCGGGUGUCUGGGCCGACAAGAGUUGGCGGCCUUGUCGUUAGCACUCUAGAUCGGAUGUUCGGUUUUCUAGAGCGAGCAGGCCACUGUGGCUCUCGCGGUGGGCCGAAUGCAGUCCGAACGGCGGGCGGGCAAGACGGAUAUCGGACGCGAAGCCGGCAUGCACUUGUCUCGUGCGAGCGCGCUGGUGUGAAGGCUGCUCCCUCCGUGCAGGCUAUCGGGGUGCGCACACUGCAGGAUCUGCCAUGUUGUGGUGACCGUGGAGCCGUUCGUGGAGUGUGGGAGCAGCUUUUUGCAGAGGCAACGAUGGACUCCAGUCGUCCGUCUGGAGUUUGCGCAGCCAUGCUAUCCGAGCCGGAGUUCGUGCUUGUUUUGUAUGCCGGCACAUCGAUCAGCCUCCUUGCUAUCUGGCUGCUGUCGACGGUUCUCCGCUUCGUCGUUAGGCGGUUUGUCAGCGCCGCCCUCACUAUUGUGCGACAACGUGUGUUUGGUCGCCAUCGCCGCCGGGGUAGGAGGAUGGCCCUCUCGGGAAAUGGAGCGAGUGGGCAUGUGGGGGCUCCUGGACAGUAUCGCGUGCCUUCGACGUUCGGUGGCGAUGACGGCCUGAGAUUGGGCAUCGGCGGGUGUGUGAUGCCGACCGAGUACGCUGAGUUUGAUCCUCUCUCCGAUCCAACGCUACCUCCCCACUUGGAGCCAUUGUCCGACGAUUACGUUGGCUAUGCCGCGAAAUUGACGCAAACGUACGGAGCAAGUUGCAGCACGGAGCUUACGGGGAGCUUCGGACAUGGGUGCACGCAGCUGGUAAACAGUCUGCCGUUUGAUCUAAACGGUGGCGGCGGGCUACCCUUCCAGAUAGCGGAUGCGGGCAUUGGCUGUGGUGAAGGAGCAGGAGGCAGUUCCGUGCGGUGGGGCGAAUCUCCAUCUUUUCAGUGCUCCCGCACCUUCUUGCUACCGCACGCGGUGGUGUCGGGGCAAACCACAUCGUUUGGCCGCGUCGAUUCUGGUCUGCAGCACAAGGCACAUGCCGGGGGUGUUCCACGCGAAGUAGGACCGGGCAUGGCCGUGGGUGUAGUGCUGCAUGACCCUCGUGCAUUGAGCGACUCCACAGGCACCAGCAACCGUCCCGCAUUUGAGUGCGGGGUGCUCGACAUGAAUGCUGACGCCGUCGACCUUGGCGCGGACUUGCCGUCUCAGGAGUCAGGCACGUGCGACCCGUCCAUGUUGUGGACGGCUACACCAUCCGGAACACCUGCACGGGCUCCACCUUGCACAACGCCUCCUUCUGGCGAGGCAACCCCUCCGAUCCGUAACCUGGCGGUGGACAGUGGUGUCAACACAGAUCGGUGGAGCGCACGAAAGCGUGCAGCAACAGCGCCGCGGGGACGUGGCAAUGGCAGUUCCAGCGGGAGAGGCGGUCGCACGCCUUACAGGGCCACCAACCCGAAGCGGAGAGCUGCAGCUUCUUUUUCAGCGCUAAUGGCCAAAGCCGCUAGCGCCGAUGAUGGCAAUGCUGGAGCCACAGCUGUGUCUGGCGCGGUGGGUGGUCGUGGGAAUGACAUAACAAGCAAUGUCGGCGAUGCCGGGGCCCCGGGAGAGGGUGGCAAGGCAGAAGGAUCUACGACGGGUGUAGCCGCCAAGGGCGAUAAGGGCGAUGGCGGGAAGUGGUCGGAGGAGGAUUCCAUCUGUCUUGUGCUGGUGAAGGGGGAGUACGAUGUGGAGAUGGAGAGAACUGCGAUCGGGAUUGGUGCGAAAGCAAAAUCGUCCGAUGCGAAGUGGGCGGAAGUAGUGGAGCGUUUGCAGGCGAAGGGGGUGCAGAAGGAGUUGACAGACGUGAAGAGGAAGUGGGAGAAUUUGAAGUUCGCAUAUAAUCGUGUAGUGUUCCACAACCGGUUCGUUUCUGGCUCAAAGAACUUCUUCGAGAUGACCACCGAAAGGAGAGAAAGGAGAAGAAAGUGAACGUGUGCAUACGAGAGUCCGUUUUCAUAGCGAUGGACGCGUUUUACCAUGACG